AUCACGGGUACAUGACUUGUCGUCAACAACAAAAUCAACAUAGUUAUUGAUUAAUGGUCCUGUGUUUGUUGUUUUGUGUGUCCAAGUCUAUCAAAAUCAUUCUUUGGUUUUGUUUUCUAUUGUAGAUUGUAGGUACUGCUUCAAUACAUCUUUCAAUCACCGAGAUCUUGAAUUCUUCAGUUUCAAGACAAUAAUUGAAGUUCAAGGCCAUUAGUUCCAACAAGAAGGAAAAUGGGGUUCACUAGUACAAGUGAAAAAGAAGAGAUGUUCAUGGCGGAUUCAGAAAGAGCAAAGGAGCUCAAAGCUUUUGAUGACACAAAACUUGGUGUCAAAGGACUUGUUGAUGCAGGAAUUACCAAGAUCCCUCGCAUAUUCUAUCAUCCCUCUGAUAAUUUCAAGAGGGUCUCAGAAUUUGGCCAUGAAGAUUACACUAUUCCAGUUAUAGACCUGGCAAGAAUUCAUGAAGAUCCUAGUGAACGCAAAAGGGUUGUUGAGAGAGUCAAAGAAGCAUCAGAGACAUGGGGUUUCUUUCAGAUUGUGAAUCAUGGCAUCCCUGUGAGUACUCUGGAGGAGAUGUCAGAUGGGGUGCUAAGGUUUUUUGAGCAAGAUAGUGAGGUCAAGAAGGAGUUUUAUACUCGUGAUCAAAGACCCUUUAUGUAUAAUAGCAAUUUUAAUUUAUAUACCAAAGCUCCAACUAGUUGGAAGGACUCUUUCUUCUGUGAUCUUGCCCCUAUUGCCCCUAAACCAGAGGACUUUCCAUCUGUUUGCAGAGACAUACUGGUGGGUUACUCAAAUCAAGUAAUGAAACUAGGGACUUUGCUGUUUGAGUUACUAUCAGAAGCUCUUGGUCUGAACUCAAUCUACUUAAGAGAUAUCGGUUGCAAUGUGGGACAAUUUGCUUUUGGCCAUUACUAUCCUUCCUGUCCUGAAUCAGAAUUAACUUUGGGAACGAUAAAGCAUGCUGACGUUGAUUUCAUUACAGUGCUUCUACAAGACCAUAUAGGUGGCCUCCAAGUUCUUCAUCAGGACACGUGGAUCGAUGUAACCCCUGUGCCUGGGGCUCUAGUUGUUAACAUUGGUGAUUUUCUACAGCUAAUCUCAAAUGACAAAUUCAAGAGUGCUCAACACAGAGUACUGGCCAAAACUGUUGGUCCAAGAGUCUCUAUUGCAUGCUUUUUUAGUCCAGCAUUCCAUCCAUCUUCAAGGACUUAUGCUCCCAUUAAGGAACUUUUAUCUGAAGACAAUCCUGCAAAAUACAGAGAAUUUUCAAUUCCAGAAUUUACAGCUCACUACAGAACAAAAUGCAUGAAGGGUACUUCUCCUCUACUACAUUUCAAGAUUUGACAAGUACAAUGUUGUAAAAGUGACUAUGUCCUUGAUCCAUUGCUCUCGUUUAACGGAGCUGAAUGUAGCAAAUUUUGGAACUUCCACUGUGUCAAUUUCUUGAGGAGGAAUUAAUGAAAAACUUGGAAGAGAUAUUUUUAUGCCUUCAACUAGAAAUUAUCAGAUGGUGAGGAGGGGUUAUAAUGGCCCAUAUAGAUUUUCACAUGACAUGUAAUAAAUUAUUAUUAAUUUUUUUUAAAUUGAAAAAAUUAAAUACAAGUCCUUUGGAAA